AUGAGUGCCAUGGGCAGUCAGGGGUCUCUGGUGGUGGCUGAGAAGCGUGCCGAGAACAUCGAGAGACAGCUGAUCGAACAGUACGCCAAAGAGAUCAAGAAUCUCCGGGCCCAGCUAGGCAAGCUAGAGGCCGAAAGUGAGCGGCUCAAACAGGUGGCUGAAAAGGCCAAGAGACAGGCCGAACUUGAGCUUCGUCAACAGAUUACGGCCGGGACUGGUGAGCAGCACAUCAGGCAGGCAACCUCCAAACAAAAGCUAACUAUCGACUUAGAUGCAGUUUCUGGGGCACCUGCAUCGGGCCCUUUGUCACCCUCGGCUGCGUCAUCGACGGCGAGCAGCGAGCAAGAGAGUAGCGCCGGCUCCACCGAUUCCGCAAGCACUUCCAGCACUUCCAGCAGCAACCCCCGCGAAAGCCAGUCGGAUGCACCUUCAACGAAACCCGCACCACUUGAGGUCGAUCCCGGCUCUGGACGAAAAACCCCUCGAAGUUUCCUCCCGAUCGAUUCACCGCUGGGCGAUGCUCACGCCGCAUCAAGCGGCGAUCCCGACCCGCAGUCGUCCAGCGGUCCCGCCCAAGAUGCAGCCGACAUCGAUAUUCCCGACGCCGCCGACGCCGCACCCCUAGGCAGCAAUCCCGGAGCACAGUCACCGUCUAGCAGUUCCCUCAGCAGCCCCCCGAUACCCCAAUUCAAUGGGCCCUACGAAAUCAGGCUUAAUGCCGCGGUUAAGUGGGGGAAAGAACAUUUCCCAGAGAAGGGGGUCGACCAGUUCGAAUCCGGGAAGCUCAUGGCGGCCGCUGUGUUGUAUGAUGUUUGCACCAUAAACUCCUGGCCGGUAAUUAAUUACCAGAAUGUUCGUGCGCUCAAGAAGAAGAUGGAGAAUAAACUUUUUGCCGUCAUCCUCUGCCAUGUUCAGGAUGGGCUCCAACUCUCGGGGCGCAAGCCUAAUCAUUUCGUUGUGGCCAUUGUCGACUGGAAGGAGGAAACGCUUGGCGACUAUACCGGCAACACCUGUUUGCUUCAAUGUUUGACAGCCGUUCGAUCCUACUUCGGGGAAAUAACCCCCCAAGGCAACCAGCACUUGAAGCGAUGGUUUUAUCUCGAAAUUUUAUUGCAACACUGGGUCGACUGCCACAACGAGGAGGCCACAUCCGCCGACACGCAAAUAGCUAUAGCCGAGGGCCCUUUUGCCGCGGGUCCCCCGCUGGGAUCUGCCGGCCAGCACGGAAACAAAGCCAUGGUCGAAGGUGUUCCAAACGACGGCUCUAUUCCCCAAUCUCCCCAGUCGGCCGCCCAUUUCACCUCGGCUCAAUUCGCCCCACCUGCCGGGCCAUCCCGAAAACCGCUCCCUAACGGACCAGUGCCAGCAACGAAUGCACCAGCUGCUUCACCAUCGCCUUCCAAUCCCGACGAGGUUCCCCAAGUUCAACCCACAUCAGUACCCCCGCCCCUGUUUGGCCAAGGCAACGACAACGACCCAGCCGCUUCCCAUGGGGUUCACAACGGCGUGAAAUACCAAUGGAUGCCCUGCUACGGCGGCGAGGUCUUGGUGCUCGAGCCAACACCGAACCAAUAUUCGGACCUUAAAGAAGGUCCAAAAGAUGGCAGCCCUUUGCUUUUUACUGUCGCUGAGGAGCUUGGAGCACGAAAGCAAGGUGCAUUCAUUAUCAACACCCCGAAGGAGUCUCGACCAGUGCUUCCUGCACAACCGACUCAAACAAAAACAUGUACAACCUACAAGCCGGAGUUGGUGGGAGACGACUUUUGGCGGCUCUACACUUUGACCGCAACACAAUCCCUUCCUUCUUUGGAUAAUAAUCCAAGCAAUGCCGGUUCCGACAUUCAUGCCCUCAUUAAGGAGUAUACGGAGUAUAUCUCAGCAGCUUUCCAAAAGCGUUCGGAAAGCAUCCCGGGUGUUGCUUACCAAACGGACAUCCCAGCACACUCUACCAAAGAGCGUGAAAAUGCUUUCCUACCUUUGCAAAGCCCAAUCUGGCACAUUCGAGGUAACCAACUGCCUCGGGAAGGUAUACCCGGGCUCCACACUCCAACCGCUUACCGAGGGACGAAGGGCGCACCAUUUGCGUGGCAUUUCGAAAACUUGAAGCUGGGCGCCAUCAAUUAUCUCUACCGCGGGCGGAAAGUAUGGUUUCUUACCGAGCCAGGAUCAUUCGACAAUGCGACUGAGGCGUUCAGCAACGUAUUGGGGCUCGAGGCGGACCAUGACCAAUUCCUGCGGCACCAAGCGUUGCACUACGGCAUCAAGCGCCUGCAAAGCGAAGGCGCCCCGACGAUAGGUUUUAUGCAGGAGGCUUGGCAGAUGGUUGUCGUCUACCCGGGUGCCUACCACUCUGGUUUCACCGUCAACUACGCCGAUCAGCUGUACACUUACUCAGAGGAGUACAAGCCCUGCGAUGGACGCUGCCACAAAGAUCAGGAGCCGAUCACGCGCGAGCUAGUCUUCCCCCCCGAGGCAGAGACUACCCCUGCUGAUGAGGAGGCUAGUUCUGCCCUACGGCGGUCCCCAAGGCAAGUCGCCACUUUGCGCCCUGCGCCUGCCAAGGCUUCCAUGGGCUCCCCAAGGGGCCCUCAAAAGAGGAAACGCUCCGCAGGCGAGCGAGGGUCAGCAAUACACACUAGACAAAGAAACCCAGAAUCACACGAACCAGAGGACGGGCAAGACGGGCUGCAAGACGAGCCACCAGCGAAGCAGAAGGAAAACACUCCAUCUCCCCAGGCCAUAGCAACCCUGCGCAGUGCACGGCAAAACGCACCGAGAGUGGCAAAAGGCACAAGCGGAAAGCAGCACGAGUGCGACGAGCAGCAGGGCAAAACCGUCGAAUCACCAAGGUUACGGAGAAACAAACGCGCUGCUGGCUCAAAUGAACCGCCGUCCGACGAGCCACAAUCCAAGCGAAAGCCCCGUCCCGUAGCCAUCAUGGCGGAACAUCUACGCGACGCAAACGCUAUCGCACGGUUAAGGGGUCACAUUAGAGCUUCGAGGGAAAAUGGACGGCUUCCAGAGUUAAAGGUCAAGGAAGAAGAUAGAGUCUGCGCAGCAGUUGCAUAUUGCAAGAUUGCGAUUCAGGCUAAGCAGUCAGCUAGCUACUGUGGCUUAAGGUCAUGGAUAGCAUGGGCUUCAGCUAAUAAGCUUAUCAACCUUGAGAAGGAGAAGGCGAACAGAAAGCGCAACUUUGAAGAUGUGCUUCAAAGAGCGCAUGCAGAAGUUGCUACCUUAUCAUAUGUUGAAGGAGCAGUCAGCGAGGGGUAUUGGUUCACAAUUGGCAGAGGUGGCGGACGAGUUUCUGGCAGCUUUGCGGGAAGGCAAGGCGUACCCCAGAAGGGCUUGGGAAGAUGUCGCUGA